GUUGGUGUUUAACACUAUCUUCAUAAAAGAAAAUUAUCGUGAGAAGAUUUUCUAUUUUCUCAGGAUAUCGGUAAUACUACGGCUGCGGCUAGUCUUGGCUAUACGACGGAGGCCUCCCGGGUCUGACUCCCACCUUUAAGCUGGGAUCGAUCUGUAGGCGGUAUCCAAGAUCUGCCUUUAUCCUUUUGGCUUUUUUUUUAUUUAUCAAGUCGUAACCUUACCUGGCUAUCGCCUAAAUAAAAGAAGCCUUACAAAAGGACGGCUUUUUUUAGCGCCGAUCAGCAGCGAUGCCGUAAGCGCAUGUUGGCAGCUACGCCAUUAGCGCAAGUUAAUGGCGAUGUCGUUUGCGCGAUGUUUUUGACAAAACAAUUCUGGAGAGAAGGUCGCUUCUCUUUCUUGAGGCAUUGUUCCUCUAACGUUGCCUCCAGAAUCAUUAGCCAACUGUCCUGUAAGGACAUCACUUACGAGGAUUUGAAUCUACCAUGUAGCAAUCUUUUCUCUGUUGUCAACGACAACAGAAGUCUGAAGAAGGCUCUAAUGAACGUAGAAUCAUACGAAGAUGCUGAAGAUGAUGAUGAAAAUGUCAAGGACAUUUAUAAAUAUAUCUUGAAAAUGCAUUUAAAAAAGAGCUUCUAUUUCCAUACGGACAGAAUCAAGAUGUACUCUGAACAAGACUUCAUCAUUAAGUUUUGGGCCUAUGCUUUCGAAACAUUCUUUGGUGAUAACCAAAAUCUGUUUAUUCAUUGGGGCGACACAACUCCAAAAAGUUGUGCCCAAAAUAAUUUAAUUAUAAGGCUUGAUAUGCGUAUGAUGAUGAUGAAAAAUGGAAAGUUUUUAAUGGAUACGGCCAAUUGCGAGUACGCUGCCAAAAUCAAUAGUAGUAAGCUGUACAAAGACAGGCUGAAACUUGUUCUGAGCGGGUAUACUUACAUCAAGAACAUAAUCAAUUCAUGUCCCCAUCUCGAUCAAGGUGAUAUUUUGUCCAUCAAGAUUCCAUACCUACAGAUCAUGGGUUUCAAGGCUGUCGUUUCCAUCGUCCGAAUUCAAGAUAAGGGUUUGCUUGUCACAGAGGAUUUGAUGAGAUUCACCUUUCCUUUUACGAAAAAACAAAUUCGCACAGGCGCAAUUACACAACUCAUCAAGGCUUUUUCACUAAUCAAGCAUUUGUUGAGCAAUCUGGAAAACAUCAUCGAGGAAGGAAAGAUUGAUGACGAUAAUGACCUGAUGAAAAUUAUAACGGAUGAAAGCACUAAAAAGAUAAAAUCCGAUCUUAAGCUCUGGGUUGAAGAUAUCGUAUCCGAAGCCAAUGGAGAUGAGGAAGAGGAGGAAGAGGAGGAAGAGGAGGAAGAGGAGGAAGCUCUUCGAUUUUUAAUUUUUCUUCUAAAUAAUGUAAAGAUCCAGCCUGCGGUCUCGUGUUACAACAAAAACCGCUUAUCUAUUUCAAACAUGUGGUGACACAAGCUCUUCAUAAUAAUAUAAAUAUCCCUUACUUUUCUACAAAUAAAUCCUCAGACUUCUUUUAUCUC